GAAAGAUGGCCGGUGGGAGGAAAGCAGGGCGCAUGCGCUUUGCGGCAAGUGGCUGACGGGAGCCGGUGGCUGCGGCGGGACGGUUGAGUUGGGCGCACCGCUCCGUGAGUGGGGCAGGAGCGCAGUGACUGAGGCGGCGGCGUCUGGCAGUGAACUGGCAGAAGUAAAUAUGAGGCGAUCAGCAGCUCCAAGUCAACGUCUAGGGAAUUCAGCUAAAAAGCCAAGGUUUAUACCCCCAGGAAAAAAUAACACCAUCUGUCUGAAGAAAGAAAAUGAAGAGCUGGUCCCAGAAAUUAAGUCGACUGAGGUAGAAGAGAAACAGCAGAGCGGCUCUGGGCAUACAAGAGCUCUUUCUAGAAUAUGUGGUAUAAAUAUAAAUUCUACACAGGCUGUGGAAUCUCUUGGAGAAAUAAGCUCAAUGGAAAAGUGUAAUGGAGAAAAUGAGUGUAAGUCUACUGGAAUGAAAAAAGUAAAUAGAACUAAAGCAGACCCAGUGCAUGUACCAACACCAGAAAUAUCAAGACACAAGAAAGAGGAAGAUGAACUUGACUGCCUUGCAAAAUACUUCAGUGUUGUGUGGUGUAAAGCUUCAAAGAAAAAACACAAGAAGUGGGAAGGUGAUGCUGUUCUUAUUGCCAAAGGCAAGUCUGUGAUACUGAAAGAUAUGGAAGGCAAAGACAUUGGAAGAGGUACUGGAUAUAAAUCUAAAGACCUUGAAAGUCUUGAUGAAGGUCAAACGCUGAUGAUUGGAGGAAAAGAAAUUGAAGUGAUGGGUAUAAUUUCAGCAGAGGACUUUAAUAGUGGCAAAUGUUUUCAAACUGGUGUUGGGACGUCCACCACAGUCCUAACUGCUUCUUCGCAAAGUACCCUGAAACCAUUCUGUAGCCCAUUCAAAAAUGUCUGCAAGCCAAGCACUAAAGAAAAUCUACUUAAAGAGUCCCAGAACUACAAACCUCGCCAUGAUCCAAAUGCAUCAAAUUCUUUAGUUAUGCCACGUCCAACUCCAGAUCACCAGCGGAUGUUCAAUAAGGCUGGUUUACCUGUGGUGGAUGUAGUUGUGGAUCCUUACCUUGUAAAUCAUCUUCGCUCACAUCAGAAAGAAGGAAUUGUAUUCCUGUACGAGUGUGUGAUGGGAAUGAGACUAAGUGGCAGAUUUGGAGCUAUUCUUGCUGAUGAAAUGGGCUUAGGAAAAACAUUUCAAUGCAUUUCGCUUGUCUGGACUCUCCUACGUCAGGGGCUGUAUGGAUGCAAACCUAUAAUAAAGCAGGCACUGAUUGUCACCCCUGGGAGUCUGGUGAAGAACUGGAAAAAUGAAUUUCAGAAAUGGCUGGGAAGUGAAAGGAUCAAAGUGUUUACAGUUGAUCAGGAUAACAAAGUAGAAGAAUUCAUCAAUUCCCCACUUUAUUCAGUUCUGAUAAUCAGUUAUGAGAUGUUGCUGCGCACCUUGGACCAAAUUCAGACUAUAGAAUUUAACCUCCUAAUCUGCGAUGAGGGGCAUCGUUUGAAAAACAGCUCCAUUAAGACAACUACAGCCCUCGUCAGUCUGUCCUGUGAGAGAAGAAUUAUCCUGACUGGCACUCCAAUUCAAAAUGACCUGCAAGAAUUUUACGCAUUAAUAGAGUUUGUAAAUCCAGGAAUACUUGGUUCUUUGUCCACAUACAGAAAAAUAUAUGAGGAGCCUAUUAUUCAGUCCCGAGAGCCUUCAGCAACAAAGGAAGAAAAGGAGUUAGGAGAGAAAAGAGCAGCAGAACUCACUCGCCUAACCGGACUGUUUAUUCUUAGAAGAACACAAGAGAUCAUAAACAAAUUUCUCCCACCGAAAAAGGAGAGCAUACUUUUCUGCCGACCAACAGCCUUGCAGCUUGAACUCUACAGAAAACUGCUUAGUUCUCGAGUCAUUAGAUCCUGCCUACAAGGAGUACUAGAAAACAGUCCUCAUCUGAUAUGUAUAGGAGCUUUGAAAAAACUCUGCAACCAUCCCUGUCUUCUGUUUAAAGCCAUAAAGGAAAAACAUUGUAAUCCAACUUGUGAUGAAUCUGAGGAAUCCAAUCUUUAUGAAGGUUUAAGAGAGAUUUUCCCACAAGAUUAUACCUCCACCACUUUCACUGAAACUGACUCAGGAAAAUUACAGGUCCUGGCAAAGCUGUUGGCAGCAAUCCGUGAACUCAGCCCUUCUGAAAGAAUUGUUUUGGUAUCUAAUUAUACACAGACAUUGAAUAUUUUGCAAGAGAUGUGCAAACAUUAUGGAUACUCUUAUACAAGACUUGAUGGACACACUCCUAUCUCGCAGAGGCAACAGAUUGUGGAUAGUUUUAAUAAUAAAUUCAGUUCAGCGUUUAUCUUCUUGCUGAGUUCGAAGGCUGGCGGUGUAGGUCUGAACCUUGUUGGAGCGUCUCAUUUAAUUCUAUAUGAUAUUGACUGGAAUCCAGCCACAGAUAUUCAGGCAAUGGCCAGGGUAUGGAGAGAUGGUCAGAAACACACUGUGCAUAUUUACAGACUGCUAACUACAGGCUCAAUAGAAGAAAAGAUCUAUCAGAGACAGAUCAGCAAGCAGGGACUUUCUGGGGCAGUCGUAGACCUUUCCAAGACAUCUGAACACAUCCGUUUUUCCACUGAGGAACUUAAAAAUCUCUUUAUACUACAUGAAGAUUCCAGCUGUGUUACCCAUGACCUGCUUGAGUGCAACUGUAUGGGAAAGAAAGACCAUCAAAAUCCUUCUUCAGAAAAGUUCCCUGUGUAUAGAGGUUGCCAGCUGGGACAACAUCAUGCGAAGGCUGAUUCAAAGAAACCUCUUUCUAUGUCACAGCUGAUGCAAUGGAAACACUUUUCAGGGCAGCACCAGACUCUUGCUGAUCCCUUCCUUGAAAGAAUAAAGAAUAAUAUUUCUUUUAUUUUCCAAAAUGUAACCAAUCCAGCUACUCCCACCCCAUAAAACUAAAUUAUUUUUUCUAUGUACGUGAUGUGCCUUGUUCUUGCUGGGUGCCAGUCUUCUAAGAAAAAUAAAAUAUGCAGUAGCCUUUAUGUUGCUGCCAAAACUCAGUUUAGGCCUUGUUUUUACGAGGAAGUUUCUGUGUAAAUGUACAGCUGUUGAUUUUUUUUGUAAAGUUAGUGAAAUACCAUCAGAUUAAAAGUACCUUAUUAAUCAAUAGUUAUAACUGAAAGAAUUUUAAAAAUUUAAUUUGCUUUUCAACACAUCUGCUGGUUUGGUAUAAUAAUCAGUAGUGGUUAAACUAUUUUAUACAACCUCACAGUUAGACCUAAAGUACCUGACCGUUUUCUUCCAUUGAUAAUGAUAAAUUGUCAUCUCUGUAUUAUCAUCAGUAUAUCAGCUGACUGUUCGAAGGUACGUUAGGCUAUAGUAUAUAUGUGAUGUUUACAAGUCUUUGACUGGAUUUGUCUCUGCAUCUGUAAAGAUAAUGGAUCUGAUUCACCACUACAUUACCCCAAUAUAACUCGUGGUUUUAGUGGAGUUACCCCAUCAUAAAACUAGAAUAGCCUGCUGGUCAAUCAGGCCCAGAUUCUGAGACCACAACUUAAUUGUGCUUGACCAUCUUUUAUGAGAAACGGCAGUGCACAGUGCAUUUAGUUGAGGAAAUUUAACAUUCUCUGGUCCCCAGCUAUACUCAAUGCAGGUGCAUGUUAUUUCUAUCUAAAUACAUAUGGCGAACAUAUUUUUCUGAAUCUCAGAGCAUUGCAUACAAUAUAAUUGCAUGUACAAUAUUAGGAUAAUAAUUUUCUUUAUGUGAUCAGGCAUAAGAAUCUGAAAUAGAAAUUGUAGCUUUAAAAGUACCUUGUAUGGUAUCUCAGCUAUGCAUUUCCUCUCUGAGUCGAAUAUUUUAUUCACAAAUGUGAAAAAUGGAAUCUUAUGAACAAAAAUGUGACAUUAUUUCCAGGAA